AUGGCGGGAGACGCGAGCGAAGGCGCGGCGAGAGGGGACGCGGGCGCGGCGUGGCUGAGCGAGGACGCGACGCCGCGGAACGACGCGCUGGAUAAGCUCAUCAUCAGUCUGUUCGUGCCGGCGAUGCUAAACUUUUUGAUAAUCCCGCUCGUGGGCGCGGUGGAUGUGUUUUGGGUCGGGCGAUUGGAGGACGCGGUGGCGCUCGCGGCGCAGGGGGCGGCGAAUCAGGUGUUUCAGAGCGCGUUUUGGAUCAUUUCCUUCAUUCCGAGCGUCGUCGCGCCCGUGGUGGCGAAAGCGGCGGCGGGAGGUGAUACGAACGAAUUGUCGAAAAAGAUUGGGGAGGGGAUCUUCUGCGCCGCCGUGGUGGGGGCGAUGGGGAUGGUGUUGAUGUAUACGAUGCAAGAGCGCGCGUUGGGCAUCGUCGGCGUCGCCGCGGGGAGCGUGACGGCGCAUCAAGCGGCGCCUUACGUUGGGUAUCGCGCGCUGACGUUCAUUCCAGCGAUCGUUUCCACGGUUGGUUUCGCCGCAUUUCGUGGGACGCUUGACGUGAUGACACCGAUGAAGAUUACGUUGGCGAGUCAAAUGUUAAACGUCGUCCUCGACCCGCUCUUCAUCUUCGGCGUCGGCACGUUCAAGGCGAUGGGGGUCGCUGGCGCCGCAAUCGCGACGUCGAUUUCAGAGAUUUUCUCUGCGGGUUUGUACACUACGUUACUCGUCAAGCGCAAGCUGGUCGAUCUUAAGGAUAUGUUUAGGCCUCCGAGCGCGGCGGCGUUGGGGACGCUUCUCGUCGGCGGCGCCGGCGUGCAGCUUCGAGCAGUGGCGCAAAAUAUCACGUUCUUGGCAGUGAUGCGCGCCAUACUUACGAUGGACUCCACCGGUACGGCGGCUGCGGCGCACACGAUCUCGUCGCAGGUGUUUCAGCUCGGUGUUAUCGCUAUUUUGGCGUUGAGCACCAUCGCCACCAUUUUGAUCCCCCAGCGCAUGAACUCGAUGGAAAAAGGUGGACCUCGCGAAGCCAAGCGCGUGGCCGAUCGUUUGCUCGUAUGGGGCGUUGUUAUCGGUGUCAUCUUGGCCGUCUUACAAGCGGGCGCGAUUCCGUUCCUCGGCGUCUUCUCCUCCUUGUCUGAAGUUCAAGAACAGGCCAAGAUGCCCUGCAUCAUCGGCGCGUUGCUGCAGCCGCUCAACGGCAUCGUUUUCGUCGGAGAGGGCUUGAUGCAAGGCCAUCAAGCUUUCCUUCGUCUUGCCGCGGGCAUGUUCGUCUCCACGGGUGCCAUGCUCGUCGCAUUGAACAUAUACGGCAACUCCCUCGCCGGCGUGUGGUUUUGCUUCACCGUAUUCAACACGUUUAGAUUGUUCUUCGGCUUGCGUCAUCACUUCUUCGACGGCCCGCUCGCGCCGCGUCACAUCGACGCCACGAUCGCCAAGCUCGAAGUGGAGACCGCAGCCAAGGCUGCGGCCGCCAAGACGGAUUAA